AUGUAUACCUAUAUGGAGUACCUCCAGAAAUGCUUUUUCAAGUCCACCAACUGGAACGAAGACAAUAUCUUUUCAAACAUUAAUGCAACUUCGCAAGCAAUCCUCGACUUUCCCAUCCCCAAUGGGUUGAAAAUCGAUACGUCGUCCAAGACAACUGAUUACCUGGCGUCCUCAUUCACUCUUUCCAAUUUCCACCAGAUCAAUGGAUCCUUAGCUUACCUUUACUCGCUGAAGCCGUUGACCUCGACCAUGGGCACCAAGGAUGUCUCUUUGCAGGAUGCAAUUGCUGGGUUUAGGAUAAUCGAGCCCAUGUUGGUGCUCCCCACUCAAAAACAGGACUACAGAUCGAGCGCCACAGAGGCAUCAUCUCAUGUCAACAAGGGCCAUUCGCUAAUGUACGGACGAAUGUAUUUCCCCGGCUCAGCGCUAGAGGCAAUGAUAAUCAAACGUAUUAGCGAAAACACUCAAUUGCUAGUCAAGUGUGUCAACAACCCCCAUUUGGAAAAGAACGGCACCAUGAUUGUGUAUCUACAGAACAACACCGUGAAAUAUCUGCGAGAACUCAUCUACUCGACAAAUGAAUCCCUUAUUGGCGUUCGGUUUCUUUACAAUUUGGGCAACACAAUUGCCAAAAACAUCAACCCCAAUUUGAUUCCCAAAUUCGACAAUUCCGUGGUGUCGGUAGGCACUGAACUUUGGUUUGCCGCGAGAACCAUGAGUCCCGGGUUGUCGUCAGCCUUGCGAUAUUCAACACGCUCAACGGCAACGGGCAAACCCUUGACCAUGACCCUUGCUGUUAACCCCAUCCUAGGCCACAUCACAUCGACCUAUACAGUCAAGACUUCAGUUGCAUCUACUUUCUGUUCAAAGUACGACUUUAACUUUUUUUCAUACGCAAGCAAUUUGUCACUCGGAUUUGAAUUAUACAGCUACGCGCGAAAGAGAAGCGCCUCGUCGAAAAUGGGACAAGCACAACCUGUUUAUCCAACGGGUGGGAGAUUGAAAACCGACCAACUACGGCCCCAGCUGCCUCACAUCAAGCUGCACGUGGUGCAAGUGAGACAAGUAGCACUCGACGAUCGCGGAGCACAGAAAUAUCCCGUUCCAUUAUUAGAGCACACAACUGAAGACGGAAACGAAAGCGAAACUGUAACCAACGUUUUUCAAAAUUUGGUCAAUGAAAGUGAUUUUUCGAGCGUCUUGAAAGUCUCCACCAGUCUUCGCGACAAGACUGUCAAACUUUUAUGGGAAGGCAGGGUCAAGGAUUUUUUGGUCAGCACUGGUGCUAAAGUUUCGAUCAAUCCAAUCACCAACACACCCGAGUUUAACAAAUUCGGCAUCACAUUCUCCUACGCCUUUUGA